UGCCAUAGUUGGUUAGCAGCACGUGUGACCUUAGCAUGCAUAAUUAUUCUUAGCGGAACACACAUCUUCUGUUUCUAACGGCAAGCAAGCGUCAAAAGUCCAAAUUAAUUCACUUUGAAACAAUUUGUAGCCUAGGUGGCUGAAAAUGCUGGAAAUAUCCAUACUUAAGAUUGAAGACCCUAGCUGCUUGUGGGGUAGAAUUAUGAGAGGCCCAGGGGUUCAAGUGGCUAGUCAAAAGGAUUAUGAUGACUUGCAAAUUGAGAUGAACCUAUACUACCAUGAUGUCAAUCUAGAUUCUCAAUCUGUAAAGCCAUCUUCCCUGAAGAAGGGACAGCUGUGCGUGGUGUUCUCCCCUCUCCUGUUGAGCUGGUGCCGUGCCAUUGUGGAGUCUGUGUACGAGGGAGUGGAGGGGACCAGGGUUACCUGCUUCCUGGUGGACCAUGUGGAAGAUGUCAGCGUCUCAGAUGACAGUGUGUACGCCCUGCUGCAGAGGUUCCUCCAGCUGCCGCUCCGGGUGAGGAAGUUCCAGCUGAGUGGCGUCCAUCCCUUGAGCCUGCGCGUGUCCAUCGCCGAUGCCAAAGCAGAGCUGGUACCCUCGCCGCGAUGGGACAGCUCUGCUACAAGAUACCUGUACAUCCUCUGGCAGGCAUCUUCUCUAGUUGAAGCAGUGGUGUGUGGAUCACAGGACAAUUGCCUGGCUAUUGAACUCUACCUGACUAUCAACCGUGUUAAGAUCUGUGCGAAUCACGACCUGCUGGCGAAGAGGCUGGCCUGCACCAGGACUGAGAAGGAGAGUUUGCAGAAGGAACGCAGAGGCCUCCCGCCCGUCUUCCUGAAAGGCGACAUGUUUGCCAGCCCAGAGCAGUUCCUGGCCCUCAACGGGUUUGAGGUGAAGUUGACCCCACCGAAUGGGGUGACCAAUAAAGUCUCCAGUGGAUCCCUGCCAGAACUGGUUAAGGAGUCGGAGCUGUCAGACCUGUCCUGUGGGGAGGUGUAUGGAGCCGUCCAGAAUACCGUCAUGCCACCGGAGCAGACUUCAGAUAGAGCCUUUGAUGCCGAAGAGCCAGGAAGCCCCUGCACUUUACCUAGUCCACCACGAAACCGCCAAGUUGAGGAGGAGACCAGUGGAAGUGAAGUGAGUGAGGAUCCUGGGCCGACUCUAGCAGAUGAAGUGAUGGCAGAGUUGAAGCUGUUCAGGUAUCUCAAGUUUUUGAAUCCUGAUGCUGUUGGUGGAUUUGACAAGUCCACGGUGGACCUGAGCGGUCAGUCUGACACAGACAGUACCACUGAUCAGGUGACUGCUGGCUCAGUCGAACUAGCGGAGAUAAAGACAGAGGAGAGGGCUGAGGCAGAAGUGGUGCUUCCCAACGAGAUGACGGAGAAGGAAGACGCGCCGCUUUCCCAGAUGCCCCAGCUUCAGGCGGACCAUGAGCCGGUCACCUGUGAGCCGGUCACCUGUGAGCCGGUCACCUGUGAGCCGGUCAAGGAUGAUGAUGUCCAUUCUUCUGAUAGCCCCAGUGUUCAAGACUGGAGACUUGAAGAGAGCAGCGCCCCACAGCAGAGAACGGAAGACGAGAUGGCGGCCGCUCGUUUGCUGGAAUGGCUCAACCCUGCCCCACUAAAUCUAGAUGCGGAAGAUGACGUAAUGGUGGCGCCCACGGACCCCAAGAGGAAUGGGGUUCUGGUUCACGCUUCAGUUGCCAUAGAACCCUGGCAAAGUCUGGCCCGCUGCUCAAUCUCUGACCACUUCAAACGGUACCUGGUGAGGCGGAAGUGCGCUGGCCCUACGGUGGCGCAGCAGUACUGCUGGCCCCACGUGUUCCGGGGCAACGACACACUGCUGGUGACCCAUGCAGGCCAGGACCCGCUGAACUACCUCCCCCCGCUCAUCACACACAUCCAGAACGGCUCCGUCCACUCCUCCCUCGUCACACGCACCGGGCCCAUAGCGGUGAUCCUGUGCCCGCGAUGGGAGAAGGUGCAGGUGGUGUUCGACCUGCUGGAGACCUGCCGGGCCGUCCAGGACCUCAACCCGGCGCUGGUGCUGCUGGGCCAGGACAAGGACGAGGCCAAGGCCUUCAGGGUCCACAAGAACUGUAAGCUGCUGGUGACUACCCCCUUCACGCUGGCGCGGCUGCUGGCUGCCAACUGUGGGCUGUUCCUGCGGCUGUGCCACCUGGUGAUGGAUGAGGUGGACGUGCUCUACUCCAGGGCGCCCGCAGAGAUGGAGGUGGUGUUGAAGCACUUCCGGAGUGUGGUGUCCAGCACUGACCGGUCGCGGACUCCGCAGCAGCUGGUUGCGGUGGGCAGCAGCUGGACGGCGCUGAUGGAGGGGCUGGUGAAGGACCACAUGCGGGACGCCACCGUCAUCAUCACCGUCCCCAAGGAGGCCGCCCUGUACGGGGGGGUCCACCAGAUGAUCAUGCUGUGUCUGGACUGUGAGAAGACCCCCGUGAUGCUCAGGGCUCUGGACUUCUCCCCCGCCGUCUCCCAGAAGACCCUCAUCAUCACCAGCGGCCUGGACGAGCUGGAGCAGGUCUUUGAGGCUGUGGUCAACUCCUCGGCUCUGGCGCUGAAAGCUCACGAGGGCUUGACCCACCAGUUUGACUUUGUGAUGGAGCGCUGGAGGAAAGCCAUCGGAGCAGGCACUCACGUCAUCCUGGUUACCACGGAGAAGUGUCUGAAAGCCUUAGGAGUGGCUGACGCCACCUGUGUGGUGCAUUAUGGCUUCCCCACCUCUCCCAAACUAUUCGGCAGUCGUCUGUUCUCCAUGUCGGACAACUUCAGAGUCCUCUCUGACAAGUACCACCCUGAGAACUCCUCCAACCCUCCGGCCACCAACUCCAUCCUGCUGCUGACGGAGAAGAACGCGCGGCACGUGUCUGGCGUGCUGCGCUACCUGCGGCGCACCGAUGCCCUGCUGCCCGCCGAGCUGCUGCAGUUCGCCCAGGGAGUCCAGCUGGCACGGGAGGAGCAGAAGCAGCACCGGCCCCUCUGCGGGUACCUCAAGAGCCUCGGCUUCUGCAGGGAUACUGGAGUGUGUCCUGACAGACACAUUCUCAACAGAGCUCAAGACGAUCCCAAGCACCUGGACACGGGAUUGGUUGGGGUGGUGCCUCUGUUCAUCAAGAGUGCCACCGUGUACUACGGGCGCCUGGUCCACCCAGACGACUCCGGCUUUGACGAGCUCGCUGCCCAGAUGGCUGCCCACUACGCCGCAGGGCACCGCUGGGCCACCGAAGUGAUGGAGGGAGAGCUGUACGCCAUCCAGCAGGAGGACGAGUACCACAGGGUGCGUGUGGUGUCUCUGCCAGAUAAAGACGACCGCUUGUUCAGCUGCUCCGUGGUGCACUUCCUGGAUGAGGGGAGCACACAGGAAGUGAAGUCACACCAGCUGCUGCAGCUGCCGCCUGCGUUCCAGGCCUUCCCUCCGCAGGCCGUGGAGAUCAUCCUGUGUGGCCUCAGGCCCAUCGACAACGAGGUGGACUGGAACCCAAAGGUGACGAGGGCCAUCGGUCAGAAGAUCAGAGGAAAGCAGCACCAUGCGAAGGUGGUGAUGUGCCUGGGCAACAGCGUCUGGGUCAACCCCAUGGUGCGGCGGACCCCUGCCCCUCUCCUGAAGACCUUCAUCAACGAGUACAACGUCUACAGCGAGGUGCUGUCCACGGGCAUGGGCGUGGCCAACACUGACCAUCUGAACAUGCUGAAGCAGGCGCUUGAUGCCCCCGAGGGGCUUUUGGAUCACAGCGCCCUCCCGCUUUCUGAAAACCACUCUGACAAAAGCACACUGGAUUUGAAGGAGCUUGCCACACGUGAUGCCCAGGUUGAGAGCACGGAGGGCCCAGGAGAGAGCCCUGCCCCUGGGCUGGAGAUGGCCGCCAUACCCCCGCAGAGGGACUCGGAGCCGGCUGACUUGUUCAGCCUUAAAGGCCUGCUUUCAGAUUGUGUAUCUGGGGGUAUCGGCCGCUCAACACCCAGUGGAGACAUGGCUCCGCUUAAGCACAUUGAAUUGGAGGGAUUUUCACCCCAAAGCUGGACGUCAUCAGUCAAUACCCCCAGCGAAAAUGGAGUUGAUAAGCAGGUUGUCAGCUCUCAUAUCAACUUGAGGAAAACCCUUGCAGUGGACGGUCCUCAAAGUUGUCACCCACAGAUCAAGUGGUUUCAGAGACAGGAUGUUCUUAUCUUGCGGGUGAAACUCAUGAACCCUGUGAUGCAGACCUGCAACUUCUUCUCUGACAGGGUGGUGUACAGUGCAUAUGCAAACAAUAAGCACUAUCGCGUCACCUUGGAACUACAGAAUGACAUCAGCGCUGACCGGUGCUCAUGGGAUAUGAAGUGUAACGAGCCCGAGAUCAGACUGGUGAAGAGGGAGAGAGGAGAGUGGAGAGGGCUCCUCAAGCACAAGAAUGCCUUUGUCAGUUAUGACUUUGAUCACAUGGAGGAGGAAGACUUGAGUGCAACAGCGGGACACUGGUUUGAGGCCAACACGGGAGAAGAUGGCUGUUACGUGACUUCAGACAGUGGGAGUGAGAGUGACUGAAAGGCCUCUCUCUGGAUGCAACCAGUGGGGUAUUUCAAGAGCAUGUUAGUGAUGAACCUGGAUGAGCUAAGUCAAAUGGUAAACUUCCUAGUGGAUGGGCCCUGGGGCUUUGUUUGGCAAGGAGAAUGAACCAUUGGGCUCUUCUAUUAAGAGGUUUACAACUUACUCUGAGUUUACUUAACCAGCUUGAUCACUAAACCAUGUUCUUCGAUACCCCCUGCACUGUUCCAAUAUUAUCAAUUGUGUUCCCCCAUAUCUGUUUUUCUGAAAAUGUUCUAAAAGUUCUGUAAUUUUGCUGUUCUGUAGUUUUGUUCAUUGGUAAAUUUGAUCUUUGAUUUUUGACCUUUUUUUUUUUUUUUUUUUUUCAAAUGAGAUGUCAUUGGUGUGUGAAUUACUAAUUAGGUUACUUACAAUAAAUUCAUGGCGUGCUUGA